AUGCCCUCGCCCAGUGACCUUCCGGGGCGUUCAGUUCAACGGCAGGCCUUCCGUGCCUCACUGGUAGACGGCAGGCUGCCGCAGUGUGGUGACACGAUGCCGCUGCAGCUCCAGCCGUCGCCGACUACCCAACCCUGGUGGCCAGGUGCUGCAGGUCUUCAGGAUCCCAUCCAGAUGAUGAGUCAUCAUGCAGUGCCAUUAGGAGAAAAGCGUAAUGAUAACGAGGAUGAUGAUGGUAUCGACGACAAUGAUGAUGAUGACGGCACCAAUCGACGAGGUGCCGAUCGCCAAGUGAAUGCUGGUCACUUGGGUAACGUUUCUACUGGAAGAAAAGAUCUACCACCUGCCACGGCUUCUGAGGCGCCUCCGAAUUCAUCUGAAGCCGUCAGGAUCAUCGAAGACCUCCUUCGAACCCAGGCUGGUUCGGGUUCCGAAUCACCCUUUCCCGAGGCUGCACAAGCUGCAGCAGCCAGGUCUGCAGUCCGUGCUGAUGCUGCAGGAGGUGGCGCCAGUCAAGGGGUUGCGGUAGCAGGAUCCCUUGUAUCCCCUGCUACAGCCAGCCCGCCACGCGCUGCUGCUACUGAAGCGACAGUUGCUACAGCAGCAUCCCAUGCUAGAGUGGCAGAGGGAGGGAAGGAAGGGCAAGGGCCCCAGUCUGGCACAAACGCUUUCAUCACCCUUUUUCAGCAUCUGUUGCUGCCAUCAUCGAAUACAGCUGCCGUUUUCACCACUCUGCAUUUGCCGAUCUUGUUUCAGCACUCUGUCUCUUGGCACUCUUGUCUUCCCGCCCUGAUUCAGCAGCAGCAGGAGGGAAUCAAUAAGGAGAAGGACCGGCACGAACAAGUGGAGGCGGAGGCGGAGGAGGAGGAGGAGGAGGAGGAGGAGGAGGAGGAGGAGGAGGAGGAGGAGGAGGAGGAGGAGGAGGAGGAAGCAGAAGAGGAUAAGGAAGACCAGGAGGAGGCAGAAACCAAGGAGGAGAAAGAGGAACAGCCAAAGCAGCAGAAGGGGAAGCAGCAGCAGAAACAGCAGCAGAAGCAUCAGCAGCAGCAGCAAGAGCAGGAGCAGCAAGGACAGGAGCAGGAACAGGAGCAGGAGCAAGGGGAAGAUGACGAGGAGCAGGAUAAGGAGGAGGACGACAAACAGGAUCAGGAGAAGCAGGCGCAGGAGAAGCAGAGGAAGCAGCAGCGAGAUGCGGUGGCAGUGGGAAUAGUUGACAUGAUCAAGAACCUUGCUGUAGCCGCUGCGAGCCUGCUGCCGGCCCACCGACAGCGCCGUGCUCUCCUUCCCCUGCUCCCCCUGCUGCCGAACCUGCAAGCUCUGCCGAUUCUGCCAAGGCAGGGGGAAGAGGAAGAGGAAGAGGAAGAGGAAGAGGAAGAGGAAGAGGAAGAGGAAGAGGAAGAGGAAGAGGAAGAGGAAGAGGAAGAGGGGGAGGAAGAGGAAGAGGGGGAGGACGAGGAAGAGCAAGAGGAGGAGGAAGAGGAAGAGGGGGAGGAAGAUGAAGAGGAAGAGGAAGAGGAGGAGGAAGAGGAAGAGGCAGAGGAGAGAGAGGAGGAGGAGGAAGAUGAUGCACGGGAGGAGCAGGAUAGGUUACUGGAGAGGGAAAAACUGCAAGGGGGAGCACGAAGAGCUAAAGAGGCGCAACCACGGCCAUGGUUCUCAAGAACAGGCCAUUCGAGAGCCAAGGCUCGAAUCAGUGGCGAGUCUGCUGAUCUGGGAAGCUUGGCAAGGGAAACCGGGCAGAAGCGCAAGCAGCGCGAUGUGGAGCAGUGUGGCGGGGAGGAGUGCGGCGGGGAGCAGCGUGAUGGCGAGCAGCGCGGCGGGGAGCAGUGGGAUGGGGAGCAGUGGGACGAUGAGGUGACUCCCCGCAGGCGCAAGAAGCUGAAGCGGCUACUGCUACAACUACAGGCAGCGCUGGAAGAGAGCAUGGCACAGAAAGGGGCAGAUUUACAGGGAGGAGGUGUAGCAACAGCAGAAGAGGUGCUCUCCUCCUGCGCGGCCUUCACCUGUCCUGAGCCAGGCUGCCAGCACAACGAGCAGCACCCGCGCUUCCGCCCGCUCAAGUCCCUGGCAUCGCUCCACACCCACCACCUGCGUGUGCAUGGCAACAAGCCCUUCACGUGCUCCCUGUGCCAGGUCAAGUCAUUUGGCCUUCAGUCUGACCUGCGGGCACAUGAGAAGCAGUGCGGUGUAAAGCGGUGGCACUGCUCCUGCGGGAACUCCUUCAGCAGAAAGGACAAACUAGCCAACCACCGCAACACGUUCACAGACCACUCCCCUCUCUACGACCUCCAACCAGUUGCCAUCCCGAUUCAGCCCAAGCAGAAGCCGCAGCAGCGGAAGCAGCUUGCAGUUCAGACGAAGCAGCUAGUUGCGCAGACAAAGCAGCUAGAGGCGCAGACAAUGCAGCUGGAGGCGCAGACAUAUACGUUGGAGGAGCAGACGAAGCAGCUAGGGGCGCCACAGAGUAGCAGCCUCAUGAACAUUGCAGUCACGAGGCCAGCUCCGGCCAGUCACCUGGUGCGCUCUGCUAGCUGUGCUUCCGAGAGGAAUCAUACUGGGGGCCAAAACGCUGCGGAGAUUAUUGAUUUGGAGAGCCAUGGCUCACAAGGGGGCGAGGCUAGGAGUGGGUACGUGUCGUUGCUGCUGCAGGAGGCCCUAGGAUCGGACGUAGAGAGCCCCUUGGAAAGAGAGCGCUUCGAGCAGGGUCGCCAGUCUCAUCCUUCUCAUCUGGCUCAGCAAACCCAGCAGACCCAGCAGACUUGGCAGAUACAGCAGACCCAGCAGACCCAGCAGUAUCAGCCGAUUCUACAGCCCCCACUGACACAUGAGACACACGCAACCCCUGAUACUGCCAUCCCGCCAGGUAGCACGUCUGUUCCACCCCAGCAGCAACCACCCGUGCCCUUGGAACAAGGUACCCUACCCUUGCCGCAGCAACCCCCCUCCCUACCCAUACCACAUCAACACCUCUCCCUACCCCCGCAUCCCUCCACGUGCAUCUCCUGUCCCUCCACGUGCCUCUCCAGUCCCUCCACGUGCCUCUCUAGUCCCUCCACGUGCCUCUCUAGUCCCUCCACGUGCCUCUCUAGUCCCUUCACUCGCCUCUCCAGUCCCUCCAGUGCUCCCUCCUAUCCUUCACCCAGUUGCCCCCUCGGUUAUCCCUCCCAAUGA